AUGGCAGAUGAAGAUAUUAGUUUGGAUUUCCUUAAUAAGCAAGCAAGUGCUACUAUUCAACACUACUCAAGACGUGAUGUACGUAAUAGUCGACGACGUGCUCGAAGAGCUGAAAUAAGAACUAAUCAACCGGGUUUUUCAUUCGAAAUUAAGCUUCAAGCUGAGGACGAAUCCUCAAGCAAUAAUGAAACAGAUAAUGAAGAUCAACAAUGUUAUAAUGAAUUAGUUGAAUUUAACCAAAGGACAGAAUUUGAUUUACUAUCUUUUGAAACUGAUCGUAAGCACAACGCCUCAUUUUAUUUUAGUUACUUCUUCGAUUCGUGCUAA